CCGGCCGCUCAGCCUGCGCACAGACAGACGCUGGACGUUAAACGGGGACCUGUUGAAUUAAUGCGGGUUUUAGAAACGCCGUGAUUUUCCGCGAUGAGGGCCGUUCCUACAUGGAUAGAUAAAGUCCACGACCGGGACAAGGUGGAGCAGUGCAUUUAUGAUCUGGCCUUCAGACCCGACGGCUCUCAGCUCAUCGUUGCGGCUGGAAACAGAGUUCUGGUGUAUGACACUGCAGAUGGGACGCUCAUCCAGCCGCUGAAGGGCCACAAAGACACUGUGUACUGCGUCGCUUACGCCAGAGAUGGGAAGCGAUUCGCCUCUGGUUCCGCAGAUAAGAGCAUCAUCAUCUGGACCUCAAAACUGGAGGGAAUCCUCAAAUACACGCACAAUGACUCGAUCCAGUGCGUCAGCUACAACCCCGUCACACACCAGCUGGCCUCCUGCUCCUCUGGAGACUUUGGGCUGUGGUCUCCGGAGCAGAAGUCUGUGUCCAAACACAAAGUGAGCAGUAAGAUCACCUGCUGUGGGUGGACGAAUGACGGUCAGUAUCUGGCUCUGGGAAUGAUGAACGGAGUGGUCAGCAUCAGGAAUAAGAACGGAGAGGAGAAAGUGAAGAUCGAGCGUCCAGGAGGCUCUUCAUCACCUGUCUGGUCCAUCGCCUGGAACCCCUCCAAGGAUGAGCACAAUGAUAUCCUGGCGGUUGCAGAUUGGGGACAGAAGCUCUCCUUCUACCAGCUGAGCGGGAAACAGAUUGGGAAGGACCGGCCGCUGACCUUUGACCCCUGCUGCGUCAGCUUCUUCUCUAAGGGGGAGUAUAUGGUGCUGUGCGGCUCCGACAGGCAGGCGGCGCUCUACACUCGAGACGGGGUCCGGCUGGGCAGCAUCGCGGAGCAGAACGCCUGGGUCUGGAGCUGCCGGGUCAAACCCGACUCCAAUUAUGUGGUUGUGGGCUGUCAGGAUGGCACCAUUGCCUUCUUCCAGCUGAUCUUCAGCACGGUUCACGGCCUCUAUAAGGACCGCUACGCCUACAGGGACAGCAUGACGGACGUCAUCGUGCAGCACCUCAUCACGGAGCAGAAAGUGUCUGAGCUGGGUCACUCACGGGCGGUGGCGGUGCGGAUGCGCAGCGGGUCCCCGCAGAUCUCCAGCAGCUCCAGCAGCGCGUACAGCGGCAAACCGGAGACCCGCAGACCCUGCAGCUCCAGCAGCAGCUCCGGGGGUGAAGAGGAGCUCAGCGGCCGCACCCAGACGAAAUGCCCGCUCUCAGAGCCUCCAGACACGGCCAGCGGCAGACGCCCGCCCGCCCCGCGCCACACCGCGCUCUCCCGCUCCAUCUCAGGUGAGUCUAACACUAUCAGUAGAGUGAGUGAGUGA